GAAUCAUUAGAUCUUUGUGAUUACCCUCUUCCUGUUUUCAUUUUCCUCUCUAUUAUAAGAGCUGUAACCAUUCACAUCAACCUUCCUGCAUUGCUUCUGCUUGUUGAUUCCAUUUUUCUCAGUUAGCCAGAUUUACAUUUCAUAUUGGGGACAUCUUUGUUUAUGUGCUUUCUUCCUUCACUCAAUAAACCAGUCUGUGAUUAUCACUGGUUCUGUUGCAGGAUUAAUCACUAAGGCUUUUGCCACAAUGGAUGUGGCAUACAUAUGUGAAUGGGACCGGCGUCCUCGGACCAAUCAUUGCCCAUCUAUCCCACUGGUGUGUGCCUGGUCAUGUAGAAAUCUGGUUGCAUUCACCACAGAUCAGCGCAAUGAGGAGGAGAAAGAUCUCACUCACAUGAUUCACAUACUGGAUACAGAACAUCCAUGGGAUGUUUAUUCAAUCAACUCAGGCCAUCAAGAAGUUAUUACCAGCUUAGAAUGGGAUCAGUCAGGAUCGCGUUUACUUUCGGCUGAUGCAGAUGGGCGAAUUAAGUGCUGGGGAAUGACUGAUCAUUUGGCCAACAGCUGGCAGAGCCUGGUGGGAAGCGAAGUAGAUGGUGACCCUAUUGUGGCUCUCUCCUGGCUGCAUAAUGGAGUAAAACUGGCUCUACAUGUUGAGAAGUCUGGUGUCUCCAGUUUUGGAGAGAAGUUCUCUCGUGUCAAAUUUUCUCCGUCCCUCACUUUGUUUGGAGGGAAGCCUAUGGAAGGAUGGAUUGCAGUGACGAUAAGUGGUUUGGUAACAGUGUCUCUGCUGAAACCCAACGGUCAAGUGCUUACAGCAACAGAGAGUCUGUGUCGACUACGAUGUCGUGUCGCACUUGCCGACAUUGCUUUCACAGGUGGUGGAAACAUUGUUGUAGCCACUUGUGAUGGGAGCAGCACAUCCCCUGUGCAGUUCUACAAAGUGUGUGUUUCUGUUGUGAGUGAGAAGUGCAAAAUUGAUACAGAGAUCCUGCCUUCCCUUUUCAUGCGUUGUACCACAGACCCAGGACGCAAGGACAAGUUCCCUGCUGUAACACACCUCAAAUUCCUAGCCCGCGAUAUGUCCGAGCAGGUUCUCCUCUGUGCCUCCAAUCAAUGUUCCAGUGUAGCAGAGUGCUGGUCUCUGCGCAAAGAAGGACUUCCCCUAAAUAAUAUCUUUCAGCAGUUGCCCCCAGGUGCAAGUGAUAAGCAGCCAAUGAUCUUGAAGUGGCGCAUUCUCUCAGCUACCAAUGAGCUUGAGCGGGUCUCAGCUGUAGCAUUGCCAAAGCUACCUAUCUCCCUCACUAGUGCAGACAUUAAGAUGGCAAAUGAAACCAAGUUCUAUCCUGGUCUAGGCCUGGCUUUGGCCUUCCACGAUGGCAAUGUACAUAUUGUACACAGACUGUCUUUGCAGACAAUGGCUGUUCUAUUUGGCUCUUCUAUGCGACCUUCUGAAGAGCCAAGUCUGAAACGUCAGCGUUCACCUACCCCAUGCGUUCACUUCAAGGCUUUGCAAAUGUCGUGGACUUCCCUGGCGUUGGUUGGACUAGACACACAAGGCAAGCUCAGCAUGUUGCGAGUCUCUCCCUCAAUGGGACACCCUCUGGAUAUGACCACUUCUCUACGUCAUUUGCUUUUCCUUCUUGAAUAUUGUAUGGUUACUGGAUAUGACUGGUGGGAUAUUCUUCUUCAUGUUCUACCAGGCAUGGUGCACAAUCUGGUAGAGAAGCUGCAUGAAGAAUACACCAGACAAAAUGCAGCCCUCCAACAGGUCCUCUCCACCAGAAUCUUGGCAAUGAAAGCAUCCCUCUGCAAGCUGUCCCCAAGUACUGUGACUCGAGUGUGUGAUUACCAUGCCAAACUAUUUCUUAUCUCCAUUAGUUGUACUUUGAAAUCCCUGCUACGCCCCCACUUUCUUAACACUCCUGACAAGAGUCCGGGGGAUCGACUCACUGAGAUCUGCAACAAGUUCACAGAUGUUGAUAUAGACAAAGUGAUGAUUAAUUUGAAGACUGAGGAGUUUGUGCUGGAUAUGCCAACUCUUCAAUCCCUGCAACAGUUAAUUCAGUGGCUGGGGGACUUCGUACUGUACUUAUUAGCCAGCCUUCCUAACCAGGGUUCCUCUGUUCGACCUGGACACAGUUUCCUCCGUGAUGGAAGUUCUCUUGGUACAUUACGCGAGAUGAUGGUGAUGAUCCGGAUUUGGGGCCUUCUGAAGUCCAGUUGUCUUCCAGUGUACACGGCCACCUCAGAUACGCAGGACAGCAUGUCCCUGCUUUUUCGUCUGCUCACUCGCCUUUGGUUGUGCUCUCGGGAUGAGUCUCAUCCAUGUGAACCCGAUGAAGCACUGAUUGAUGAGUGCUGUCUGCUCCCUAGCCAACUCCUCAUACCCAGUAUGGACUGGUUGCCCCUCGGGAAUGGAGUUAUUAGCCGGCUACAAAGCAAGCUUCCCCUACGUUUACAGUUUGGGAGACCUCCUGGAGUAGCCAGUCAUGCCUCUAUUCAGUAUGAUGCCUACACACGGUCACCAACACAGCCAAAGAUUGACCAUUUGAGAAGACUCCAUUUGGGGACUUUCCCGACAGAACCAUGCAAAUCUUGCACCCGAUGUGGUUGCGUCACCAUGUUGAAAUCGCCAAAUAAGGCCACUGCAGUAAAACAAUGGGAACAGCGGUGGAUAAAAACAUGUCUCUGCGGUGGACUGUGGAGAAAGUUGCCCAUAACUUACUCUUGACCCUCGUCCAUUAGACUGACCAUGUCCCAUUACCAUCUUUGACACUUAUCGAGUCCAUAAAAUUGAAAGCCCUGCAAUGUCCUUCAUUUAUGCUUUAGAAAUAGUGGUUGCUCUAUGGAUACAUUUGCAAAAUGUCUCAGUCAAACAAUGCAAAGUAUAAGAUGGAGCAUGAGAUGUAACUAUAUUCCACCGUCUCUCAAGCCAUAGUGUGCCCUCCAAGUAACCUUCAUUGCAGAGUAUGUUUUACAAAAGAAACCAUUUCAACAUCACUUUCAUAGAUUCUAUUUCCAUGGAGACAAAACUCUUUUGAAAAAAAGAAACAAACUAUUUGUACAAAGAACAUCAAUCUUUUAGUCCUAAGAAAAAAACAACAAACAGAUUUGGCCUAUAGAGUAACUGAACUUCAAUGAAAACCUGUAAAUAGGUAAAGCUCUGAUGUCUGCCUGCAUUCUUACAAAGGCUACAAAAAAAUCCCCACCGUGUACAGCUUAUGAUCCUGUUUUGCAAAUUGCUUUUAAGGUAUAUUGAAAAUGUUUCAGAAUAUACUGACUUUCAUGCUAUUGUUUUACAUCAAAUUUGCAGUAAAUUGUUGCCCUUUUUGUUUAUUUAGAGACAAAGUUAAUAUAUUGAUUGAGUGAA